UUACUGCGUUCUCUCAGCACAUUUCACACUUCCUCAUAUACCUGCAUGCAUAUGCGCCCUGGCUUUAUUUUGAACUGGCCGGAGUACUAAUGGUCAUAAAGUGCGGCGAGCAUCAACCGAGUGCUUCUCUCCUCUCAGUCGGUGUACGAUCGGAGUGGGGCGCGCUUGUGCCACCGAGGGUCUCCACCUACAACAUGCCGAGCACCACCGAGGAGAUGCCGCAAGUCGACGGGGACAGGACGCACCCUGCCCCGAAGGCAGACGGCCGCACCAGUCGGUUCACUCCCACGGAGUUCGAAGGCGGCGAUAGACCGGCUUCGGGGGUCAGCCCGGCGCGGGACCCGCCGACCUCGGGCGUGCACCCCGACUUGCCGCGGACACCCUCGCCGGUCAACGGCGACCUUCCCGGGAAGGAGGGUCUGGAAGACAGAAUGGCGGACUCUAAAGACCUCCUGGGCGAUUCCUUGAGCGACAAGAACAGUCCCAAGAAACCUAGCUCCGAAAAUUCGGACGGAGACGGUGGAAACGUCCGGCGGUACAGGACGGCGUUCACCCGUGAACAGCUCGCGCGGCUGGAGAAGGAGUUCUAUCGGGAAAACUACGUCUCUCGCCCGAGGAGAUGUGAGCUGGCCGCCCAGCUCAACCUACCGGAGACAACGAUCAAGGUGUGGUUUCAGAACCGCCGGAUGAAGGAUAAGCGGCAGAGAUUGGCUCUCACCUGGCCGCAUCCAGCCGACCCCAACUUCUGUGCGUACAUGAUGGGUCACGCAGGCGCGCUGGGGUACCCCUACCCCGGCACCAUGUUACCGCACUACUACCCCAACAUGUCUGCCUUCGCCCCUGGGGCAACCCCUUACCCCUCCCCCCUCAGAGCGCCAGACGCGUUCCGCUCCCUCACACAUCCGUACUUCAGGGUACCAAGCACCGCCCGGGACUUAUUGUACGGUACCCCACCCAGACCCCCCGCGCUGUACGGAACCCCUUCCUCCUCCUGCAACUGCCAGUACGGAUGCUACGGCACGCAAUGCACGCCGGGAGCUGGCAGGACCCCGGAUUUUCUCACCCCGUGUCCCACAAGAGUCAGUACCAGCGAGUCGCCCAUCUUCUCUCCCUUCUCACACUUCUCCAAACCCGAACCCGCGGCAGCCAGCACAGAGGUAGUAGCGCCGACGCUCACCAGAUAACUUCGGUACUCGCACAAACGGUAAUUCUUCCCCGCUUGGGGCAACUUGUCAUUUCGAAUGUAAUUUUACGGACUUCAAAGAAGGGGAAACAGUGCAUUGGGACAGCUGGUAUAAUGGUAAUAAUAACCUGCCACGCCACAUGACACUGCCCAAAUCUCUGCAAAAUUACUGUGUUCACACAAACGACUUUUCCUACCUAACAGUCUUAUUAUUAGGUAUUUAUGGAUGUCAUAAGAAGAAAUAGAGUAGUUGGUAGCGGCUGUUAAACUGCACUUAGAGGCUUUCAGAUACAAUGCUGUCUAUUGUACAAUCACACGAUUAUAAACGCAAAUACUUUUCUACUUACUUGGAAAAAAUUAUCAAGCAGAGUUCUGUAGUACCAUGGAGGUACAAUUUGAACUCCAUGGUAGUACUAUCGGUAUGAGAAGGCAUGAAUUGUUUGUUGUAAUACAGAUACGUAUGUGUAGUAAAUAUAUAUAUAGAUACGCAAGGAUAUUUGAAUAGACUUCUGUACAAAUUUGUAUACUCUUGCACUGGAUAUACGGAGAUAUUAGUGUUAAUUAUGCUAUUUUAUUUUGCACGAGGUCUCAAAAUAAUGUAUCUUAGUAUCUUUUACGUAUUGUGUAUUGUAUAUUUGGCCACCUAUUCCUUGAUAUGGUCAGAUUAAAGAUAGGGUAUCAUGCGGAUACAAUCUAGUUGUGUAAAAUGUAUAUAUUAGUACAUUUUUGGAGGCCCUGAUUCCAUCUAUUCAUUUGUGGAUAAUUUGUACACGCCAUUCGUCGCGUAAUUGUAUGACACGGUUGGCUAAACCCGCCAAAACUACGCAGACUGGGACAUGUCAUUGUAGCACAACUUAUCGUGCUUGAAAAGUGGAAAGCCUUUUGCCCAAGGCACCGUCUAUUACAACGGUUAUUGUUCCAACACGUAUCCAUAUCACCGUCCAGUCGCACACAAAUGUUAACGUUGUGCAUCAGUACAUGAAACCUCUACUCAAAUUCCACCCAAUUUCUUUAGUAAUCGUCGGUCGCCUUGUUGUUUUUUUCGCCACAAUUGUACCACCGGUCGAAUGAUUGCACCACUUACGUAGAUAAUCCAAUAAAAACUUUAACUAGGGGAACUACUAGCAGCUAGUUUUCUUUGUCAACUUGUUGUUCAUAUGCAGUACUAUUCCACAACGAUUAUGUAUUUAUUUAUUUAUUCUGAGCGAAGAGAUGUUACGUGUUUGUUUCCGCUUGGUUUCCACAUGUUGAUAUAAAAUAUUUGUGAAG